ACAUCCAAAGGCGCCAGUAUCGGUUGGAAUCUGAUCCGGUUCGGAUGUGGAUGGUGUUUGCUAGACAGUUUGGGGAAACAUUUAAUUGAGUGAAAAGUUUAAACAGUUAGAAAAUUUGAUCGUGCAUGCCUAUACUUGGGAUUACUAAUAAAACCGUUGGACUUGAGUUGAUUGUGUGAAUUUCUACUAUAAUCGAACAAAUCAAUCGUCAAAGAAGAUGCUUGCGUAAGUUUGUGAUUUAACAAAAUUUGAAUUGCAAAAAUAAUCUAAAAGGCUGGUUUGUCAGUGACAGUGAUGAUUCGUGGCAAGGAAUAACUGAAUAACCAGAAUAAACAAUUUUUAUGGUAAUGGUUGGCAAAAUUUUCUAGUCAGUGCUAUGAGAAUGGAUGCCUACCUAAUCACAGUUUGGAAGGAUUGAAAAGAAUUGACUGAAUAUGGUGAUUGCUGUUGUAUAAUCAGUGAAUCGUAUAAUAAGUGAAUACGUUAGACGUUGCAUCAUCGUCUGCUAACAGUUGGAAUCACCAAUCAGGCUCUCAACUAUAUUAGAACCACAUUCUCGCUAGCUAAGUAGUUCGGAGAUUUGCAGUGGUGGUGCAGUUGCAUUAGCUACUGUAGUAGAUGAAGGCAGUAUAUCACACUGAUCGUCAGUUAUAGUGCAAUAGUGCAUUUUGUUCCAGUAAGUGCUGUAUGUUUAGUAGAACUAACAUAUACGUGAACCAAAGCUAAACUGUAUGCACUCGCCAUUAGUACAAUUACAAACAAUUCGAGCGCAUAUGUUCCGGGUUAGUGCCAUUUUUACUACUGAAAAUUAGUGCAAGUUAACUAGUCGAUGCUAUUGAUGACGAUGAUGAUUAUGAUGCAAUUGAUAAUGGAAACAACGUCGACAGAUUACGGCCGAGGAAAACUUUGAAUAUUUGUGCACCGGUGAUGCGAGUUGCAGUGGAAGCAAAUACGAGAGUGCGCGAUAACGACACAAAGACCUUGUGCAUUGAAACGUUAGUAGGGAAAUUAAGGUCGCUGGGAAGCGUGUGGUUCUACUAACUAAACAAAUAUUUGUGAAACAAUAGUUUUGUGCAAAAAUAGUGAAUAUAUCGAAUAUGUGCUUGCUGGUUGAUCCUACUUGAAAUAUUUUUACCAGCACCUCUAUUCAGUGUUGAAAGUGGAAGCUGGAAAAGCUUGAAAGAAGUUUCGAGAACAAACCGUGGUCGACACAAUAGAGUCGUUUGUGCUGAGAGAAUCCGGAAAGUUAUCAAUUUCGCUACCAAUACACGGCAGUUACAAUGGGAAUGACCAAGCAGCAUAAUUUGGUGCACCAGCAGAAAACCACCAAUACGGCCACAUCCACGAUUGGUAGUGGUGGCACCGGAACCGGAACUAAUUCAUCAAUCGGCACCCAGAAACAGCAACACCAACAGAAGCACACCGUUCACUGGUUCCGCAAGGGUUUGCGCUUACACGACAAUCCGGCAUUGCGCGAAGGGCUCAAGGAUGCCGUCUCGUUCCGAUGUGUGUUCGUUAUCGAUCCCUGGUUCGCCGGAAGCUCCAACGUUGGCAUCAACAAAUGGAGAUUCUUGCUGCAAUGCCUGGAAGACCUGGAUCGUAACCUGAGGAAAUUGAACUCCCGACUGUUCGUCAUUCGAGGUCAACCGGCAGAUGCUUUGCCAAAGCUGUUCAAAGAGUGGGGUACCACGUGUCUCACCUUCGAGGAGGACCCGGAACCAUUUGGAAAAGUUCGCGACCACAACAUUUCCGAGAUGUGCAAAGAGCUGGGCAUAGAAGUCAUCUCGGCCGUCUCGCACACGCUGUACAAGCUGGAGAGGAUAAUCGAGAAAAAUGGAGGCCGAGCACCGCUCACCUAUCAUCAGUUUCAGGCCAUUAUAGCCUCCAUGGAUGCCCCGCCACAACCGGAACCGGCCAUAACGUUGGACACUAUCGCCAACGCAACGACGCCCCAGUAUGAAGAUCACGACGACAAAUAUGGAGUUCCUACGCUGGAAGAACUAGGCUUCGAAACCGAGGGCCUCAAACCACCCAUUUGGGUGGGAGGUGAAACGGAAGCAUUGGCCCGACUGGAGCGCCACCUGGAACGCAAAGCCUGGGUCGCUUCCUUCGGACGGCCAAAGAUGACUCCCCAGUCGCUGCUCGCUAGUCAAACCGGUCUGUCGCCCUAUCUGCGAUUUGGUUGCCUCAGCACGAGACUGUUCUACUACCAACUCACAGACCUGUACAAGAAAAUCAAGAAAGCCUGCCCCCCGCUGUCCCUCCACGGUCAGCUUCUUUGGCGGGAAUUUUUCUACUGUGCCGCCACGAAGAAUCCCAACUUUGACAAGAUGGCUGGUAAUCCUAUCUGCGUUCAGAUACCGUGGGAUCGGAAUGCGGAGGCCCUGGCCAAAUGGGCCAGUGGCCAGACGGGGUUUCCCUGGAUCGAUGCCAUUAUGACGCAGUUGCGAGAGGAAGGCUGGAUUCACCACCUGGCUCGUCACGCGGUGGCAUGCUUCCUGACACGUGGCGACCUGUGGAUUUCGUGGGAGGAGGGAAUGAAAGUAUUCGAGGAACUGCUGCUGGAUGCCGAUUGGUCGGUUAAUGCCGGGAUGUGGAUGUGGCUUUCGUGUUCGUCGUUCUUUCAGCAGUUCUUCCACUGCUAUUGUCCGGUAAAGUUCGGCAGGAAAGCGGACCCGAACGGGGACUACAUACGCCGGUACUUGCCGGUGCUGAAGAACUUCCCAACUCGAUAUAUCCACGAGCCAUGGAAUGCUCCGGAAACUGUGCAACGCACGGCCAAGUGUAUCAUCGGCAAAGAAUACCCCUUACCGAUGGUGAAUCACGCCAUUGCCAGUCGCGCCAAUAUGGAACGCAUCAAGCAGGUCUACCAGCAGUUGGCCAAAUAUCGAAGCCCAAGCAGUAGCUUCGAUAGCGAGUGUCCCGAGAAAGGUGGUUCGGCAAUUGCCGGUGUAAUGACUGCGGCUAAGGUUCAACACAUGAAUGCUUCCAGUUUGAACGACAGCCCUAGUCCAACCACGAUAAUGACUAAUUUGAACAGUUCUGGAAACUACAUGUGUCGGACAAUUCCACCCGCACAAACUGAUCCGAACGCAAAGAUCAUUACCUAUCACCAAAAUCGAGAGGGGCAGCAACAAUUGUCGCAACAGCAACAUCGCCUACGCAACCAGCACCAACUGGUGGGUCAUCAACCUCCCGGCAGCGAUCAGUACUCUAACCUUCAAGGUUCCGCAUACGUCACGAUCAAACCGGAAAGUCCUAGCAUGACCGUAAGCAACAACAACAACGAUCUCAUAAAUGCACAUUUCAACACCCUGCAAGAUCAACUGAACAACAGCAUGAUCCCGUUAGGCAGCACCGGUAGCACCAAGAUCGAAACGGACAGCUUCGAGUACGAACGAAAUCAGGAAAAUCUCUACAACAAUCAGUUCAAAGUGGAAUACACGGACAAUUACAACUCCGGAUAUGGCAUGCGGAAUGCCGACUUCUAUGGAAGGGGACGAGAAGACGACUCGGUGGAGCAACCGAUGAAGUCUUCGCUGAUUCAACCCGGCAAUCUACCGAACCAAACCAAACAGCUAAGCGAGAAUCAGAUGCACAUUCAUCAUCACAACCACCUGAACAACCAUCAGCAGCGCAGUGCAAUAGCGGACAAUCACCGAAGGCAACAGCAGCAGCAACAGCAGCCAAUGCAACAACCAAUGCAACAGUCACCAAUCAGUGAAGAAAAACUAACGUCCGGUGAUUAGAACCGGUUCUAGAGAAACUGGCCCCUCGUGCGAAAGUGAAAAAAGUGAGUGUCCGCUUCCUUAUGAAUUAAAAGCACCCAUGUUCUGGUUUUCCGGGCGUCUAUUUAUAUGCUUAGCUGUGCGGACUGCUCUCACAAAUGACGAAGGCUGAGUGAAGCCGCCUUUCCUAGAUAGGGCAUUGACUGUGAAUAAUAUAGCUGGUUCUUUAUUUUUAGCUGA